UUAGCUUAUAUCAGUGCUUUAUUUAUCAUCUGAUAUAAAACAUAGAAGUUACCAGUUCAAAACAUCAACACGAUUUGGCAGUUCCUGGGUCCAAAUCAGAGGAAGGCCUUUUGCAGAGGAGAAGAGAGGAAACAAAAGUUUAACCAUAAACAAAGAUGCUAAAACACUUAAUUUUGUCAGAUGUUUUUUUGUUUGUUUGUUUUUUGUUUGUUUUUUUUUUUGUCAGCAUCAUGUGUUUACGGAAGCCCUGAGGGGCAGGGAGAUAUUAAGAGAUAUUAAGGUUUCCCAGCUUCAUGUUCUUUACCAACCAAACACCUGAGCCAGCUGCUAGAUGGCAGAAUUAAAGUGACUGGGUGUUUAUGUGUGUGUUUAUUCUUGGAGGUCAUCAGGCACCCUUGUGACAGAUGGCAUCUGAGACAAACCACACAGGUCAUGGUGAAUAUGUAGAGUCCCUUUGCAGUAUAAACACUAGGCUAGUAUUCUCCACACCCUCAAUGUCAGUAAUGAAGCUGGACUUUAUACUGUGUGAUACCGAGCUACAAUAAAACACACUUGAAUUACUGUAAUGUUUUCAGGAGGCGGAUCUUCCUGCAGGUAAGAUGACCCUGACCCACAUGCUGAUAAGUCUAAUUACUAUAGAGUUAUGGAUUUCUGUUCCUGGACAUUUGGGAUAUGUUGUGCUGUACUGUAUUGUAUUGGGUACAGCAGAAGAACAAGUCACACCAACCUUAAAGAAAAAAUAUUUAAUAAAAUCACAGUUCAAAUAACUGUAGGGGGUGCCAAAUCGCACAAAACGUCAAUUUCUUCAUAAUGUUGCUUUAGGAUGUCCCUGGUCCAGUGGUAAAGUACAUUUACUCCAUUACUAUUCUUAAGUUAAAUCUUGAGGUCCUAUUUUUCUGACAUUUUAUAAAUCUACAUACUUUUGGCUAUACCUUUCUGAGAGCAAUAUCCUUUUUAGUUACGAGUGUCUUCAAAUUAAUUCUGUAAUCUUACAAAACAUAUGAUCAGUUUGUAUAAAGUGAUCCAUGGUAACAGAUUAAACUACAAGAAGUGUAUGAGGCAGAGCACAUUGUCUUCAAACUGACCAACAAAAGCUUUAAAACACUGUCCACAUCUCAACACAUCAGUAGCCAUGAUCCAAAUGUUAUACUGUAACACUGCCACUCUGCAUUAUCAGUGCUUGUACUUUUGAGACUUUUGGACAUUUGGUACAGUGAAAUUUAUGACACAUAUCAAGUGUUAUAUGUGAUCACAAGGGGAAAACACUGACCUAAAUAAGGAGAUAAUAAUGGAAUGUUAAUAUAGAUAAUAUAUUUCUGUACUUUUACUUGAGUGAAAUUUCAAGUACUGCAUCAAAGCAUGAUCAUCAAGGUUAUGAAAGAGUGCAAGGGAGCAAAGAAUUAAAGGUAUUUCAUGGGUAUCAUAGUGUGAAGAAGAGCACAUGAAGUAAACUGAUAAAAACUUAAGUGUGUGUGUGUGUAUGUGUGUGUGUGUGAGCAUGCAUGUGCAGGAGUGCAUGUGUGAAGUGGCAGGCAGACAUGCUGACUGACAGUAGAAAGAGGAUUUUCUUGUCUGUUGCCCAGCGAGAAGCUAAUCCCGAGCUAGUGUCCCUCUCCCUCUCCCUCUCCCUCUCCCUCUCCCUCUCCCUCUCCCUCUCGCUCUCCCUCUCCCUCUCCCUCUCUGAUCCCAUCUCUGUUCUUCAGUCUGCUCUCACUCUGCAGAUCGAGCCUCUCUGGACUGAGCUGCAGGAAAAACACAGGAGCUUCACCGCCUCCACUCUUCAGACAAACCUCAGGUAAUCAGCCAGACUUGGUAACCAUGGCGAACUCUUUCACCCGUGUGAUGUCUGGCCGUAACACUGCCGUGGUGUUGGCCAGCAUUGGAGCCAGCACACUGGCGUCUGGAUACCUCCUCAGUGACAGCACUGCUGCAGCUGACAGGAAGAGGCUCUAUCCACCCAGUGCUGAUUUCCCUGACCUGAGGAAGCACAACAACUGCAUGGCAGCUGCCCUGACUCCAAAGAUUUAUGCCCACCUGAGGGACAAGACAACCUCCAGCAACUGGACCGUGGAUCAGUGUAUCCAGACCGGGGUGGACAACCCAGGACACCCUUUCAUCAAGACUGUGGGCAUGGUCGCUGGAGAUGAGGAGAGCUACGAGGUGUUUGCUGAGCUCUUUGACCCUGUGAUCAAGGAUAGACACAAUGGCUAUGACCCUCGCACGAUGAAGCACCCCACUGACCUGGACGCUUCCAAGAUCACCUCAGGAAUGUUUGACGAGCGCUACGUGUUGUCAAGUCGUGUGCGUACAGGCCGCAGCAUCCGUGGACUGAGUCUUCCUCCUGCGUGCACGCGUUCUGAGCGCCGCGAGGUGGAGCGUGUGGUUGUGACCGCUCUGUCUGGCCUAAAGGGAGACCUGGUUGGUCGCUACUACAGCCUGGGAGACAUGUCUGAGAGAGAGCAGCAACAGCUUAUUGAUGAGCACUUCCUGUUUGAUAAACCUGUGUCACCUCUGCUCACGUCAGCUGGGAUGGCCAGAGAUUGGCCUGAUGCUCGUGGGAUCUGGCACAACAACGAGAAGAACUUCCUGAUCUGGAUCAACGAGGAGGACCACACGAGGAUCAUAUCCAUGGAGAAGGGAGGCAACAUGAAGAGAGUGUUUGAGAGGUUCUGCAGAGGCCUCAAACAGGUGGAGCAACUCAUUCAGGAGAGAGGUUGGGAGUUCAUGUGGAAUGAGCGUCUGGGCUACAUCCUCACCUGCCCCUCUAACCUCGGCACUGGACUCAGAGCUGGUGUGCAUAUUCGUCUGCCUAUCCUCAGCAGGGACCCUCGCUUCAAAAAGAUCCUGGAUAACCUGAGGCUACAGAAGAGAGGCACAGGAGGUGUGGACACGGCUGCUACUGGAGACACCUUUGACAUCUCUAAUCUCGAUCGUCUGGGCAAGUCGGAGGUGGAGCUGGUGCAACUAUUGAUUGACGGCAUAAACUACCUGAUCGAAUGUGAGAAGAGGCUGGAGAGGGGGCAGGACAUCAAGAUCCCCGCCCCCAUCGCUCAGUUCAGGAAGUGAAGCUCUCCUCUGCUGGGAAUCCUGGUGUAGAGCAGGUGCUCCAACUGCUGGUCGCUAAAACGUUGGUCUUAUAAGAUAUUCAAGGCAUGUAUAGCGCUGUACUGACUUACAUGCACAUUAAAUUCAUGACCUGUACAUGAAUUCUA